AUGUCGAUAGAGGAUAAAUUUGAUAAUUUGAAGAUUUCUGGGGGGAGAGGUUCCUCGGAUCAUAUAAAUAACCAGAUUUUGGAUAAAUAUGGUCAUAAGAUUAAGACAAAUGAAUUCUCUCUUUCGAGAGGUAAGACUAAUAAGGAUAAAGCAAAUAGGGCCACUGUGGAGAAUGUUCUUGAUCCCAGAACCAUGAAGUUUUUACAGGCUUUGAUGAGUAGAGGUGUUAUUUCAAGUUUUGACGGAUGUCUGAGUACGGGUAAAGAAGCCAAUGUCUAUCAUGCGUUUGCAGGUACUGGUAGGCCGGCAGGUCAAGUCCCAACACUUGUACAAGAGGAGAUGUCCGUACCUGUAGAUCCUUCUGAGUUGAGUGCUCAGGAAGAUAAAGAUGAAAAUAGCACCGAUAGGCGUGAAGAAUAUGCUAUUAAAAUUUAUAAGACAUCGAUUCUUGUCUUUAAAGACAGAGAGCGUUAUGUGGAUGGUGAAUUUAGAUUUAGAAAUGCUAGAUCCCAACAUAAUCCAAGAAAGAUGAUUAAAAUUUGGGCAGAAAAGGAAUUUCGUAAUUUAAAGAGAAUCUAUCAAAGUGAAGUUAUUCCUGCGCCAAAACCAAUUGAAAUUAAAAAUAAUGUGCUUGUAAUGGAAUUCUUGAACCGUGGUGAUGGAUUUGCAUCUCCACGUUUGAAAGAUCAUCCAUAUAAGGAUAGAGAAGAGAUCUUUCACUAUUAUCACACUUUAGUGGCAUACAUAAGAUUAUUGUACCAAGUUUGUCAUUUGGUUCAUGCGGAUUUAUCAGAAUAUAAUACAUUGGUACAUCAAGGAAGAUUAUACGUUAUCGAUGUUUCUCAAAGCGUGGAGCCUGAACAUCCUAUGAGUUUGGAUUUUUUAAGAAUGGAUAUUAAGAACGUUAAUUUCUAUUUUGAGAAAAUGGGUAUAGAUAUUUUUCCAGAGAGAAUCAUUUUCCAAUUUGUUAUUUCAGAAACUCUAGAUAAAUUUAAUGGUGAUUAUAAGAGUAGCGACGAUUUAAGGGAUUAUGUUCGUCAGAAUCUACCGAUAAAAGCCACUGGGCAAGAUGAAGCUGAAGAUGAAAUUUUCAGAUCUUUGUAUCUGGUGAGAAAUUUGAAUGGUUUAGAGGAGAGAGAUUUUGACAGAUACACAGAAGGUAGAUUUGAUUUGUUAAAGAGCUUAUUGGCGCAUGACAACGAAAAGAACUUUGCUGCAUCUGAACAGUACGAAUUAGAAGAUGACACUGACGACGAUAGCAGUGAUGAGGUUGGAGGUGAAGACGACGACGAUGACGACGAAGGGGAGGACAGUGAUAAUGCAUUAUAUUCAGAUGAAGAGCCAAGGCAAUUGAAGGGUAAGAAAUACGAAGAUAAGGAUGAGAAGAAGCAACGUAAGCAAGAAGCUAAAGAGGCUAAAAGAGAGAAAAGAAAGACAAAAGUGAAAAAGCAUAUCAAGAAGAAGUUGGUUAAUAAAACCAAAUCUAAAAAAUGA